AUGACUUUUGCCAGGGCUGCACAUGUCGCGGUCUUCUCCCUCAUCAUCAUCGGCUGCAUCGCUGAGAUCGUCACCAGUGGGAUCCUUGUCGGCAACUUCAACAACUUGAAAGAUGCCGAACUUUUCACGUCGAUAGUAACGAGGACGAAGUACCUCCUGUUCUGUGGACUAUGGACUAUCCUGUUCUCUACAAUCUAUGUGGUCGGAUUGGCCACCGCACCGGGCCACCUACUCUUCAGCGUGGCCUCCCAUUUGAUCUGGCUCGGGGUGACCAUCGUCCUGUUUGUCUCCGGAUCAGCUGCGCUCCAAACCGAGAUCAAUGCACACAUCUUCCCACACCAGCAACGACUCGAGAUCCUUCAAGGUUUUGCGUGGGCGGAUUCGAUCUUGUUAGGUGUGGCCAUGCUCAUAGUCUUGGUCAUCGGCAUCGGCCGAAGAAAUGGACUAUCCGGCAACUUGCUCGGCGAACCUUAA